UGCUAAGAGAAAUCUGUUGUUUUAACUGAAGACUAAUAUAUUUAUUUUAUUUUUUUGAGAGGGGGGGAAAAACACCUGCAACACAGAGAUGGAGCACACCGAGGUGGUGAAGCCAGAAACUCUGGAUGAGCUGAUAGCAAUUCUGCACAAGAUCUUCGAGAGUGACUGCAUCAAUAUUGAGGAGGUUCAAGACAUAAUGGAAUCAUAUGAGAGCAAGCCUCAGGAAUGGAUGAAAUAUGCAAAGUUUGACCAGUACAGGUACACGCGGAACCUGGUCGACGAGGGCAACGGAAAGUUCAACCUCAUGAUUCUCUGCUGGGGUGAAGGCCACGGCAGUAGCAUCCACGACCACACAGACUCCCACUGCUUCAUGAAGCUGCUGAAGGGCCAGCUGAAGGAGACGCUGUUCGAUUGGCCCGACCGCAAAUCACACGGAGACAUGGUCCAGAAGUCACAGAGGAUUCUCCAGGAAAACAGGGUCGCUUAUAUAAAUGACUCCAUCGGCCUGCAUCGUGUGGAAAAUGUCAGCCACACAGAGUGCGCUGUGAGUUUGCACCUGUACAGUCCGCCGUUUGAGACCUGCCAGACUUUUGACCAGCGGACAGGACACAAGAACACCGUCAAGAUGACCUUCUGGAGCAAAUACGGAGAGAGGACUCCAUUUGAGACCACAAUUUCACAGGAGAACAACUAAAGGUCACCAAAGGAGGCUCCCAGUGAUGAAGACAGUUGCGUUUUGAACGACAAUUUCAAACGGCUAUGAAAUUGAUUCAAGGGAAACUGCUGGGGAAGCGAAACGUGGACCUACUAUGACUAAGCAACCCAUUAAAAAAAAAAAAAGAAAAAAAAAAAAAAAAAAGAAUCAGGAGCAAGCUGGUUCAAAAGGACAACCCAGUAAUUAGAAUGGCUUUAUCGCUGCCCAGUGUGAGCUUGGCAAAUACUGAUGAGCACAGGACGAAUGCAUGAAUAGGCUUGGACGUGGAUUGAAUCUGCCUUUUGUUUGCGUGGGCCUGAGGAGACCCUUUUUCCAAUAACAACAUUCCUGUCUGUCCACAACCUGUGUAACCACCAUUUGUUUUUGAAAGUUAUGACACAUAGUCAAAAAGUAGAGCUUUAGCAUCUCAAAAAGAAAAAAGAAGAAAAAAAAUAAAUAUUGCUGUCGUAGUGUUAAAUUUCAUAUUUCGAGAUAAAUGAAAACAGUUCUGCGAUCAACUGUGUUGAAUUGUUUAAAAUUAAGUACAUUUAUAGUUGUAUUUACUGUUGAUUUAUGCCACUCACAAUUGUCUUAAACACUUGUUGGAAAUGUCAUGGAAUAUAACACUGUUUGUACAGGCUUAACUAAGACAACGUUUGUUCUGUUUGCAUUUGGGGAAAAAAAAAGACGUCUAAAGCUUUAGAGUUGUGUUGUUUUUAAAGGUGCGAUGCUUGUAAUUUAUUUGCAGGGUAUCCUCUUCACAGAUGGAGUGUUUCAGUCAGCAGGCUCCUGAAUGUGUUCAUGCUAAAGAGAGUACUCUGGAGGGACUGUUUUGUAUUAUAAGCAGACAUUAUGUUUAGAUAAUAAAAAAAAAAGACUUUUUUUUUUUCUCAGGAGUUUGGCCUUUUCUGAUUGUAGCUGUAUUUAUAUAGUGCGUAGCUUUCCUGCGUAGCACUUCGCAUAGCACUGUCAAAUCCACAUUUCACGAUCUCUGUGUCGCAGUAAAUGAUAUGAUCUGGCCAUAACUGAACAUUAAACUCCUUUUCACGUCA